CUCCGCGCCUUUGUCCAGCAGCAGCCGCGCCGCGUCGAUGUGGCCGUGUUCGCACGCGACAAAUAGGGGUGUCAGGCCGUCCUGUUUAGCUUGGUCGACCUCGGCGCCUCCGUCCAGGAGUUGCGUCAUCGCGUCGACAUCGCCGAUCUUGGCAGCGGCAUGCAACGGGUAGAGGUGGUCAUCGAUCAACGUGACGACUUCUUCAUGAUCAUUAUACUUUGCUGCGUCCAGCGCAG